GAUUUACUCCAAAUUGAGAGCAAGUUUGGAGCAGAAUUUCGACGAUUUUCUCUGGAGAGAUCCAAACCUGGGAAGUUUGAGGAGUUCUAUGGAUUGUUGCAGCAUGUGCACAAGAUACCAAAUGUUGAUGUCCUGGUGGGAUAUACGGACAUUCAUGGGGACCUGCUGCCUAUCAAUAAUGAUGACAAUUACCAUAAAGCGGUUUCCACAGCCAAUCCUCUACUCAGGAUUUUCAUUCAGAGAAAAGAAGAUGCAGACUACAGUGCCUUUGGUACGGAUACUAUGACGAGGAAGAAAAAUGUCUUAUCAAAUGUGUUGCGUCCGGAUAACCACAAGAAGAAACCACACAUUGUUAUUAGCAUGCCACAGGACUUCAGACCAGUGUCUUCUAUUAUAGAUGUAGAUAUUCUUCCAGAAACCCAUCGUAGGGUACGACUUUACAAAUACGGAACUGACAAACCCCUUGGAUUCUAUAUACGAGAUGGCUCUAGCGUCAGAGUGACGCCACAUGGAUUAGAGAAAGUUCCGGGGAUUUUCAUAUCUAGGCUGGUCCCUGGAGGCCUGGCUCAAAGCACAGGCUUACUGGCUGUUAAUGAUGAAGUACUGGAGGUGAAUGGUAUAGAGGUGUCAGGAAAAAGCCUCGAUCAGGUUACAGACAUGAUGAUUGCAAACAGCCGUAACCUGAUCAUCACGGUAAGACCAGCAAACCAGAGAAAUAACGUUGUGAGGAACAGUCGGACUUCUGGCAGCUCCGGUCAGUCUACUGAAUCCAGCCUUCCAAGUAGCACGCCAAAUAUCCUAACAAACUUCUUGCAAGGAGAAGAGGAGAGCGAUGAAGAGGACAUUAUUAUUGAAGAUAGUGGGGAGCCGCAGCAGAUUCCAAAGGCUGCACCUACCAGCGAAAGCCUAGAAUCGUUGACGCAAAUUGAACUCCUUCAUGAGUCAACGCAAAAUGGAUUCCUUCCUUCCACGGAGAUGAACUCGAACCAUUCAGCAGGCAGCGUUAGCAUGGAGUAUGAAGUACAAGAUCCAGAUCAUAAGUCAUUAGAAGAAGAUGGAACUAUUAUCACACUAUGAAAUUACCUUGGUGUACUUUGUAUUAAGUAAGGAUGCCAUACAUGUUUUAAUUUGGCAUAAUAUGUACAUUUUAUACCUCUCCAUCCACUGAGCACUGCAGUUAGAUUAAAAGGAGGGAAGAAAGUAAAUACAAGAAGCUCAAAGUUAUGUAAGUUAACUAACUUCAGUUAAUUCUGCACUUCCAUGUAAAUAUUUCACAAUGAAGGAAGAUAAUUGACAAAUGACUGGAACUGGAUGAGGAAAAUUUAAAUUGAAUAUGAAGGAUAGCCAAGAGAUGGCUGUGAGCUCUCUUUUAAAGGUACUUGAUGGUUUUUUGAUGCAGGAUACUACUGGUUCUGUAGAAGUAAACUUCCCUUACUACUGUGUGAGGUUGA